AUGACUGUUUUCAAUCUCACCCCCUCCGACCCUUCAACAUUCAUCCUAAUGGGCAUCCCGGGCCUGGAAGCUGCCCGAGUCUGGAUUUCCAUCCCUUUCUCUAUGUCCUACAUUAUCGGUCUGUUGGCAACUUUCACAGUUCUGUUUGUUGUAGCCAAAGAGCAGACGCUGCACAAGCCGAUGUACCUGCUACUCUGUAUGCUGGCACUCACAGACAUUGUAAUAUCUACCUCCACUGUGCUGAAGUCACUGAGUAUAUUUUGGUUCAGUUUGAAAGGCAUUACCGUGGGUGGCUGCCUCACUCAGAUGCUCUUCCUUUAUGGAGGUUCUCUGAUGCAGUCAGCCAUCCUCGUGACAAUGGCCUUCGAUCGCUACAUUGCCAUUUGUGACCCUCUGAGAUAUGCCACCAUCCUCACCAACGCACGAAUAGCCAAGCUAGGGAUAGUGUGUUUGAUGAGACCUGUUCUCCUCAUUCUGCUUCUACCCCUGCUUCUGAGCAGGCAGCCAGUCUGUGCCAACCGCAUUAUCCCCCAUACAUACUGCAACCACAUGGCUGUGGUGAAGAUUUCCUGUGCAGACAUCACAGUCAACAAGACGUAUGGCUUGGUGGUAGCCUUUGUAGUCACCUGUUUAGACCUGAUGCUCAUUGCCUUUUCCUAUGGUCUGAUCAUCAGGGCAGUCCUCAGAAUCUCCUCCAAGAAAGCCCACAAGAAAGCUCUGAACACCUGCACAGCCCACAUCUGUGUGAUACUGACAUCUUACACUCCCUUCCUCUUCUCCAGUCUCACACACCAGUUCGGUCAGGCCAUCACUUCCCAUGUUCACGUCAUCUUGGCCAACCUCUUCUUCCUCCUCCCUCCCAUGCUCAACCCGAUCAUUUAUGGGGUCAAAACCAAAGAGCUCCGUGACACAGUGGGCAAAUACAUCUGCAGAAUGUGA